AUGUCAAACAACCAUGGUUACCUGCCUCUAAGUCAAGAAGACACCUCUGCUGCUGCUGAUCACGAAGACAACAACGACAGUAACACGAACAACAACAACUCAUUGCACAGACCAGACCAGCAGCAGCAGCAACUCCCUCACAGUCAUGUCACCGUCACAAUGAGCCAACAGGACUCUUCUACCCUUGUUCCAACUACUGAAGCAAAGGCGUCUUCCGUCAUAACGACGCCACCUGGUCCUCGCACCAUGGAAAGCUACACAUACCCCGGUCGCCCCUUUGUUGAAAGUGACACGUCUACGUUGGAAGGCGCCAAGAAGUCAAGUUCCACAACAACCACAAACACAACAAACAACGGCAACAACACCACAACUACAACAACUAUAACGACAACAACCACAACUGGGCUGAGACCGGCGGCACAGUCGAUCGCAUCUGCACCAGCUGCGCCAACAACAACAACCGCGGAUGCAACAUCCUCUGCAGCAGCCGAUGCUUCGUCCUCGUCUUCGCCUCUGCCUGCCUUCCAGUUCCCGCGGUUCGGUGCUGCCAAGAACAAGACACUUCUCGGACUCAAGGAUCGGCUCACCUCGACCACCUCAGCCCCCACCUACUCCCAAAGUGAAAGCAGCAACAGCAGUAGUGCACUGGAUGCAACAUAUGCACGGCUCGUCGGGUCAAAGUUACUUGCAACCGGUCCUCUUGGCAACAAUAAGGAAAACAACCCGAACCUGACCGGAUCGACAUCCGAUCUGCUUCACAUCCGACCCAAACAACACCCAUACACAACCGAGGAUGGCCCACGGGGGAUUCGAAAGUCCCAGCGACGACAGGUCCUGCGGGAGAUUCGGCCCGAUCUUCACAACCUGCCCGAGGAGCUCUUGCGCGAACAGGCCAGGAGCGGGGCGACCGUCGAUGCCAUUACCAACAGCCAGCCAAUCAUCGGAGAUGGAACAGGAUUGCCAACUAGUCCUGUUGUCUCUGGUGCUCACCUGCAGGGUCCUGACAGCAAUACAGGCUCUGGAAGUGGCACUACUGGCAGUAACAGUAAUCAAGGCGAGAGGGGCACCUUGCUAGGAUCGGGCGAUGGGUUGGGUCUUGGUUUUGGUGUUGGUGGCAAGGCCAAUGCAACUCCCUCUCGUUGGAGCCGACCACGAUUGGGUGGCAGCCGACGACAGAGGCGCGCUUCGGGUUCUGGACUGGGCCGAGAGAACGAUCAGCGGGUGAUCCAAUCCUCGGUGUUUAAACCCGUCGAGACAUCUGUCGAUGGCGGCAAGCUUGUUGAACCUGCACCAGCGUUGACACCGGAUCAUGCGGAGCCUAUGAACAGCACCCGCUUUGUGGCAAUUGUGGACUCUGUCAAGGAGGCUAUUCAUUCUGGUAUCCAGCCUUUGAGAAUCGCACAAGGAUCCUCUGGAUCUUACUUUUGUCGAAACCUGGAUGGCAAGAUUGUUGGUGUCUUCAAGCCCAAAAACGAGGAGCCCUACGGUCAGCUCAAUCCCAAGUGGGCCAAGUGGAUCCAUCGAAACCUCUUUCCUUGCUGUUUUGGGCGUAGCUGCUUGAUCCCUAAUCUUGGAUAUAUUUCAGAAUCGGCUACUUCGCUGGUGGACCGUCGACUCAAAUUGAAUAUUGUGCCAAGUACAGAGGUGGUGUGGCUGUCGUCGUCUGCUUUCCACUAUGACUACUUGGACCGUCGCGCUGCUCAGCUGCAAAAGGGUGCGAAGCCCCUUCCUGACAAGGUCGGAAGUUUCCAGCUGUUUUUGAACGGAUUCAAGGAUGCCAACCUGUUUAUGCGUGACCACCCUUGGCCCCUCGAGACUCCUGUUGGCGAUGCUAACGGCAAAGGAAAGACAUGGAGACGUUCUGCACCUGAGAGCAUUCAUAGCCAUCAAGAAGCGGAUGGAGCCAGUUUGAAUGGCGGUGCGGCGGGCGGACACGGACACGGUCCUGAUAGGCCUGGAUUCAACUGGACACCUGCCCUCCAACAACAGUUCCGGGAACAGUUUGAAAAGAUGAUCAUCCUCGACUAUCUCAUCCGAAACACAGACCGAGGUUUGGACAAUUGGAUGAUUCGGUAUUGCGAAAAAGAAGGGAUUUCGAUUGUGACAGCACCUGUUGGUACUCAGAGGAGUCAUAUCCAACAAGAGCCAGCAAGGCGGAACUCUAGGGUCGGCGAUCUGUUGGGUCUGUACUCAGAUCGGGGGUCUGUUCGUUCCAACUCUUCCUUGCGUGAGGGAUCAUCAAGUCGCAACGGCAUGCUGGUCACCCCUCCUGGAACGCCACCGCGGUCCAACCUCUCCCGGGCUGUCUCUGGCAUGGAGCUUUUGCAGGACGACGACAAUGCCACUGAGCGCACAGGAUUGUUGAGCCAGGAGCAGCGCUCUGGAUCGCCUACCAAGCGGUCAUCCUUGGAGACAGAGGCAGCUGCAACGUCUAGCACUACCAAAGACACCAAGUUGACCCCUGCAGAGGUCAUGGAGGCUCACUACGGAGCCAAUCAUGUCCACGUCGCAGCCAUCGACAAUGGUCUUGCCUUUCCCUUCAAGCACCCCGACUCUUGGCGCUCGUACCCUUACGGAUGGCUGUUCCUGCCUCGCCCCCUGAUCUCUCAGCCAUUCACCAAGGCCACCCGGGACCACUUUUUGCCCCUCUUGUCUUCCCCUGUAUGGUGGCGUGAGACGAUUGCAGACCUGAGGAGACUGUUCAGCAUUGACAGUGACUUUGACCAGGGCAUGUUUGACAAGCAGAUGGCGGUCAUGAAGGGCCAGGGCUGGAACAUUGUCGAGACACUCAAGAACCUGGACCAAGGACCUAUGGACCUCUGCCGUCGUGUUGCUUUGGUCGUUUGGGAUGAGGAGGUCACUUUAGAGCCCGGUGUCUCGCCUGCUCAGCUGGGAUUGAUCCCAAGUCUUGGCCUUCCCAUCCAGGCUAACGGUCAGGCUCCAGGAUCGCAACCACAGGAAGGCACUACAGGAUAUGGUAGCAUGGGAUAUGGCCACAAAUAUACCACUACACAACCCAAGGCCAUGACCAUGGAUGCCAAGUCUGGCUACCUCAGUUAUGGCAGCAUGAGGUCCUCGGUGGGGGACCGACUGUCGAACAUCAAGACUCUUUCGACUUCUUCGACAGCGGUUGGUGAAGGAGUAGCGUCGUCGUACUUGGAUCCGGAGAGCUUGAAGGCCAAGAAUGUCCCGCAUGUGGUGGUUGAAAUCGAGGAGAAUGCGUCGUCGUUGCAGCUGCCCAAGCAUAACAGUUUCCGACAGGUUGUGAGUGAUGGUGAGUACGAUCUGGAGGAUGAGUACGACUACGAUGACGACGAGGAUGAUGACGAGGAUGCGUUCUCGUAUGAUGAGGAGUAUGAUGGGUUCUCGGAUGACCUUGCUGAGAGCACGGGAGAUCUUCGGGCACCGGCGGCACACCGUCGUAGUAGGAGCAGCAGUAGUCAACUGACGGAUCCGCAGAGGACGGCUCGAGAGGGUAUGGUCUCGAUCGAUAUGGCACUGGCAGAGACCGGAGAAGGUCCAGCUGGAGCAAGUAACCAUCGUCGUCGACAGAGUCAUCAGAGUGAAGGUGGAAGGUCUCCUCGUCGUCGGCCUGCUCCUACACCAGCACAACCAUUGCCCCAAGAGGCAACGCUGAGACCACCUUCACAGGGGUUGGUUCAUCCGAUGGACGAGUCUACCGUUGCGGCUGUUGUGGGUGCGUCGCAGGCCAGCAGUCCAAGAAACCAUCGUCGUAGUCGGACUGAGCAGGACGACAAGACGGGCACGAUCCGAUUCGAGGCCGUGGCAUCCCCUUCAGGCGACACUGACACUUUGGAGGCGGCACGAACGAGACUGUUCAAGGUUGGAACUCAAGAGUCAACAUCGUCCUCGAGAGAAGGAGCCGUUGAUGAACCUGAGCGUGGCCGAGGAUUCUUUACUCGUGGCUACGGAGCUGUCUCUGGAUCUAGAGAAGGAGAAGAUGGGUUGGGUGAGAGGCCGAAAUGGGCCGACCGACUCCGACGAGGACUCAGUUUUGAUGGGCAUUUGUUGGCGGUUGAGGGGUUCGGACUUGGUCAGGCGGCGAGGAGGGAGCGCAAGUUGAGGAAGCAGCGACAGCGAGAGCGUGAGCUUCGCGAGCGGCGUGUUGUCCUUGUUGAGCGCAUCGAACCUGUCACCAAGAACCUGCCCUACUUUUCCUGGUGGUGA